CUGGCUGCACGCGCAGGAUAGAGUGGGCGUGGUGUCAGGCUCUGCGAGAGAGAAAAGCAAAACAAUCAUUUUUAUCCAUUUUUACCGGCUGCUUUUAGAGUCCGUAGUGAAAUACACUCUCGGUAGGGAGUCGUAGUCUCUCAAUACUAUUAAAUGCAUCUUAUCCCGCUCAGCACUAAAAUCUACCGAGCGCUGGUGAUUUUGCUUUAGUCACAUUUGAUCCAGGUUAGAAUGAGUUCCAAGCGGCUCCUCGAGCAGCCUCGAGCCGGAGACAUCACGCGUGAAGGGGGCGAGCCCGUCACUGGGAGAUCGCUCAAAACAAACGCACUGCACGUAGCUGCUUUAACGAACUUUGGCAAGGAAAUCUCUACAAAUGGACAUUAUUAUACCCCAACGAAAGAGAGGCACUACAUCCAUAAGAAGUUUGCAUGUGGCAGAGAGGAGGACGAACAGAGCUCGGGUAGGGUCCUUAAACACAGCUGCACUGCUCAUCGCCUGAUCCUGAAUGGCUUCAGGCUACAAGACCAAAUCCACAUGGAGGCCUGGAGCCCACUGAGAGGGCCAGGGGAGCCAUCUCCCGACACACCGCACCCGCACACGUCCUCCAUCAUCCCCGUCCCACAUGACAGGAGGCCUUCUGGUCUUGCUGAUAAAGAGGUGAUGGCCGCCACCGUCCUGACCAUACUGUCCACCAGCCCGUUGGUGCUCAACCCUUCCUCCAGUGCCUCAGGUGCAGAUUUGGCUGGUAAGGGCUGGAAGGAGAGCCUGUCUGCCAGCUACAGCAGCUCUACCAGUGGGAACUGGAGCUGGGACGCCAGCGACCAAUCAGUGCCCUCUACUCCGUCCCCGCCCCUCUCCAAUGAUCCCGGCAAGAGCUUCCUGCUUUCCUCCCAGAGUGAUGACAACAUUGAGGAAACCGAGAGUACACACUUCCUGUUCGAGGACCCCAUCCCCCGAAAAAGAAAGAACUCCAUGAAGGUGAUGUUUAAGUGUCUGUGGAAGAACUGUGAAAAAGUCCUCAGCACUUCCUCAGGGAUCCAGCGCCACAUCCGCACCGUGCACCUGGGGCGAAACGGAGAUUCGGACUACAGCGAUGGCGAGGAGGACUUCUACUAUUCUGAGAUCGAGGUGAACAUGGACACGCUUUCGGAGGGGCUGUCCAACCUCACGCCCACCUCUCCUACUACGUCCGGCCCGGCCCCCGUCUUCCCCGUCUUGACCUGUGAUGCGUCUCGAUCUGAGCCCGCCCGUAUGAUCCACACCCCCCUCAGCCAAUCAGCACCUUCGGCUCUGUGCCAUAUCCGCACUGACCACGCUUACCAGGCUACAACCCCUGUCAGCAUUCCCAGCAUGCCCUCUGAUCCGCCUCACAGUGAGGAUAGGAUCAGUGUAUCCUGGCAGUCGCCCCCUGUCAUUUAUAAAGCUCUACCGGGCCCGAUGACUCAGAUCCGCACUGUUAGCAUCGGUGAGAAGAGACAGCCUGUUAACCACACCACUGUCAGCAAAACACACGCCAACACCACCUCCAACGCCAAACCCACUACUGGAACCAGGAAACCGCGUGGCGAAGCCAAGAAGUGCCGAAAGGUGUAUGGCAUGGAGAAGAGGGACCUGUGGUGCACAGCGUGCCGCUGGAAGAAGGCCUGCCAGCGCUUCACUGACUGAGCGUUAUCCCUCACCCCACUAUAAAACGUGCUCUUUUAUUGCGGCUGUCCCAUGGACUGAGCGCCGGUGUCUCCUGCACACUCUCAGAGCGAACUUCACGAGCUGAGAUGUGUCCGUCUGAAGCGUGUGGCCUUUUUAAUGUCACUGAUUCCUCCAGGCCACCAGGGGUGCUCUUAUCCUACCGCUUCCAUGGUGGAACACUGAGACUUUCAUUCAGAAAAAAAAAAUUGAUAAAAAGCAAAAAAAGAUUUUAGAAAAAAGCUUUUGCUGCAUUGCAUAUUAAGGCUAAAAUAUUUGUUUUCUUCCAUAAUCCAGAAACAAUUCAAAGCCGAUUUUUUUUUUUCUACAGCUAACAAUUUUCCAUGAUUUUUAGUGUGGCAGACUUUAUACAUAACAGUUUUUACUGUCUGUGGAAAAACUCCCUAAGAUACUUUCGAUGGUUAUUAUUUAGGGAUGCACGAUAUUGGAUUUUGGCUGAUAUUCGAUAUGCCGAUAUUUUCAAAAUAAUUUUGGCCGAUGUCGAUACCGAUAUCGAUUAUAUAUACAAAUAUAUACUGAUAUAUUUAAACUUUAAUUUUACUGAAGAGAAAUCCAUGUAUCUCUUCUGUACUGAUUCUACCAUAAAUUUAUUAUUUUACAAAUGUAGACAGACAUUCACAUCUGAAAAACAGGUCAAUUAUUUCACUUGGAGAAUAUCGGUUUGGCUCAUCGGCAGAAAUAUUCAUAUCGAUACCGAUAUUGUGCCGAUAUUAUCGUGCAUCCCUAUUAUUAUUGAGUAUUCCAAACCGUUAACCCUCUUAAACCGGGUUGCACUUAGCGAGCAACUCAAAUUGGUUUCAUUUAUCAUUUAAGCUUUGUUCAAAAUCAGACUGUUUCUGGACAUACCGCUUCAUUUUGCCUACAAGCACUUUUUAACGGCCAUUUCUAUUUUGAUCAAGCAGAGUUCAGUUUAGCGCUGCAUCACAAUCGGCGGGUUGAGCGUUUUAGCAAAUAGUCAAGAACUGUUUCAACACACAUUGCUAAAGUAAUACCUCUAAACGAGAAUGAGCCUUUCGGAGAGAGCCUUUAGUGUACUUCAGCGCGAGUAGUUGUAGUGCAGUGAAUGUAAACUGGCUUCUCUCGGCGCUAACACACCCAAACUAUCCUGUCCCUCACAGAUCAACUGCCUCUUCAUAAGCUAUGAGGUUUAUUCCUGUCAGUCCACAGUAUUAAUUCAAUGGCAGGCACUUUAACCGAUUUUACAGACAAUCUGCUGUCCAGGGAAGACAUCCCAGUCUAAUGUGAUCCAUAAAUCAAGUGUUUUCCACACAAACACGCCUUCAUGCAUAACACGGCCAAUUCAAGCCGCAUUAUGCUCCUUAAGGAAUGAUUUCCAUCUCAUUCAGCAUGUGGAUGUUAUUCACGUAAAGGAAACGUUUGCGCUGAUAACGUGUAGAUGUCGUCCACUCUGCUUUCUUUUCAUAUCGAGGUGAUCAUGUGAUGUCUUCAUGUAAACUCGAUAUAAGCCAAGCAGUUCUUACACUGCAAAAUAUGAAAUAUGAUUUGUCUUAUAUACAAAUAUCUAAAACAUUCUUCAAUCAGGAUGCAUAUGCGUGAGAAAGAAAAUGACUUGUUUUACGAAGAAAAAAAAGUAUCGGAAUUUAGUGAUUUCAUGCUUAAAACAAAAGUUCAUUUUUCUUAGAUUCUUUUUCUCGUUUUUAGCAUAAACUCACUUACUUUUGGAUAUGUUUUCAGAAAACUGAGUAAAUCAGAGUAAAUGUAUCUUGAUUUAAGAAUGCUUGAAUAACAAAAACAUAUUACAAAAGAUAUUUUGAACUAAUAAAACACUGACAGUCAUUGGACAUUUGAAUGUGAUCUGAAUCUUAAAGGGACAGUUCACCCCAAAAUAAACAUUGUCGUCAUUUCCUCACCCUCAUGUCAUUUCAAGUCUGUUUGACUUGGAUUUAUAAUGGAAAAAUAUAAUUUUUUUAUUUAUAAUUGUAUUUUUGUCCAUACAAUUGAAGUUAGAUGGGGUCACAAACAACAUUGGACCCCAUUGGCUUUCAUUGUGUGCACAAAAAUGCCAAAGAUAGUGAGACAUUUUUCAAAAAAGUUCCACAAAGAAAGAAAAAGAAGAAAAGUAAUAGUCAUGGAACAACAUGAGGAAUGAUGAGAACUAUCCCUUUAGGUUCCAAGAUGCAUUUUUAUGUUUUACGUUUAUCAUAAAAACUCAUAAAAGAAACUCUAAUUCCGACCCAAAUACAUUUUUGACAUUAUAUUUGACCUUCCAGGCAGUAUAGGAAUUAAAUCAUGUUUAAAUCAUGACCAAAACUGGCAAUCAAAAUGUAGCUCUCAAAACAAUUAAUAAAUAAUAAAAUGUAGCAGUUUAACCAUUAAUGAUGGAAAUCAAAGAAACAAUCAAGCAGGUUCGUAAUUGCCAAAUGAACGAGUUUAUCAAUAUAUAUUGUCCAAUCACAGCUUAGAGCAGCUUUGUCUCCUCUUUCCCAGAGGUCAGAAAGGAAAGAGCGUCCCUCUCAUGAUCAUAACUUUCACUAAGUGCCAAUGAGAAGAACAAGAGGGAAAGAAUACAAUUGCACUAACUUGUACUGCACAAAACGUAUAUUUUUAUGUACCUUUUUUUUACGCAGAAUUUGAAGUUUUUAAAAAGCAAAUGCUUAAUGGUUGUCUGUCGACCGACCGCCGUGAUUCUCUCUUCGGGUCAGGGAUGGGGUCAAUCCUCUGACCCUGCUACUAUAAGCUUACGAGGCGGUACUUUGCGGCGGCGUGUUGAUUUGGGCCUCGCAGUGCGUGACACGGGUCAUGUGACUGCAGGUGACUAUCAUCCAGGCUGGUUUCUAGGGAACGUCACUGUCUUGAUUUCAAAUAAAGAUGGUUUCCUAUGUUCAACAUUGUGUUUGCCUUCAUAGGAACAGAGUCGAGGGAAGAUUUGGAUUUUAGGCAUCAGGUGGUCAGACAGUGUCGCUUUAAAUACCUUCAUCAAUUUCAUGGCUUUGAUAUGAUAUUAAAUCCAUACGAGGAUGCCUAUACGUUUUUAAAAUUCACUGUAGUGAAUAUAACGUGUAUAUAUAUUCAUUGUAUAUUUUGGGGAAACAGGGGAAAAAGAAGCAUCAACGAAUGUAAAAUCUACUAAAUGAAUCGCAUGCAAUCUGAGUUCGUUUUAUCGGCUGUCUCACACAAUUUUCUCUUGUUUUCUUUCAUAUCAAGUCGUUAGAACCACUCAGUGUUUUUCUUUAGUUUUCAUGUUCAGUUGGCGCUUGCAUUGAUGCCUUUUCAUUGUUUUGUGUACAUCACGGAGUAUGUACUAUUGUGAGGCAGGAGGGACGUUACUAUGUGGAUCAUUGCGUCAUUCUGCCCUGCACAUUCCGAUAGAUGAUUUUACGUUAGUUCGUAUGAGCCUUUGUCUAUCUGUUCCCCAUUAUUCUGACUUCACUGAUUGCCUGUUGCUUUUCAGCCAGGAUAUUAAGCUAAACACCCAAGAAAAUGUGUAAAAAACAAACAAAAAAAACUCCACAUUCUUUCUUUGUAACAUUUUGGAAUGUUUCCGCGUCUUUAAAAGCAUCAUAAUAAUCCCACUAUUCAAUACAGAUUGUUUUUUCAGAACAACUCUUCUGGGCCUUGUUUAACUGUUGAGGUCUUGUAACUUUGUCGAGCGUUUCUUUUUCUUUUCAUUGGUUGAAAUUUGAUGCAUGUCAUGUAUCAUCUUUGUACUAUCUUGCUUUAUUGGAACCAUUAUAGUUUUUCAGAAGUUGACAGUGACGUGUUGAGUGAAUGAACGAGAGGAUGGAGGUGUUUUUGGUGUUGACUUUGGUUGGUUGGUGAUGAGAGUGUGAUUUCUGUGGCUGUAAUGUGGAGCUUGGAAUAAACAUGGAUUUCA